GAAAUGCAGCUGUCACAUCAGAAAAUCAACCUGUCAUAUCAGCUAUCUCAACCGUAACGUACAGAAGUCGCGUCCAUGUAAGAACUUUGACGGACUCAGUCGUAAAAAUGUCACAUAUGUCACGUUCCAACGUGACGCUGCUGUGACCAAACUGAUAUGGCGAUGGCUAUGACAUCACAGACGAAAAUCUAAAUGGAUGGCUGUCUAGGACACAGGGGCUUUAGGCUGCCCCGGCCUGAGGUCUACACACCUGUGGAGUUGGCUGUCAUAGAUGACCAGAUCAAGGUAGAGAUCGGAGAAUAAGGGUGGGGGAGGGGGAGUGUUGAUGAGACCCUGAAGUUCACAGAAGUCCAGCAUAAUUUGUUGGUCCUUGUAUGUUACUUGGUUUGCACUUGUAUACAUAAACGGCACCUUCUGUUGCAGAGACUUGUUUUUAGUGUUAGAACUGGACGGCAUGUUCACGUCGAACCCAGGGGCGCCAAGCUCUUCAACACCCACCAGACCCGCUCAUUAUAAUCUGCUGAACUUGUUACUUCGCCCUCACUGGCUGGACCAUGAAACCGAAUGACGGCCGGGGGGGGGGGGGGGGGGGGGGGGGGGGGGGGGGGCUUGGGGCAGGGGCUAAGACUGUGAGAAUUCCAGGCGAACUCUCUGCCAGAUAUCAGAACAUAUGUGACCUUAUUAUGGGGGGUUAGGGUAGUUGGUGUACACCGCCUUAACCAUUAAAAUACCUCUUACCCACCAACAUGGAAACAAAUAACUGCCCCCCCCCCAAAAAAAAAUAAAAAAUAAAUAAAUAAAAAUAAUAAUAAUAUAAAAAAGAAACAAAUAACUGCCCCCCCCCCCAAAAAAAAAAUAAAAAAUAAAUAAAUAAAAAUAAUAAUAAUAUGGAAAUGCAGUUAUCUUCUAAGCCUAACCCCAAUCCUAACCCUUGACGCAAUCCUAAAUCUAAUCCUAGCCCAACCCUAAAGGAUAAGAACAAGGGUAGACCGGGUGCUUUAUGAAUACACAGAACUGACUGGUUGGCAUCUUGCAGUCGACACAAUUUAUUGAUUUACGAUUGUAAAUAAUUCAGUAAAACUAGAAGAUCUCAUGUUUCUGUGCUAGAUAUUGUACAUUUUAAAUGCAUUCUUGCAUUGCCAGCCGGUCGGCUUGUAGUAUCUAUAGAGUUAAUGGGGGAAAUUUCUGAUUCCUUGAAUGAUUUCCAAUUAUUCUAAUUUAUCUAAUUUAUCUUAGCUCUAUUCGCCUUUCAUCUGUUUUUAAUUAUUAUUUUUUUUAUCUUAGAUCAAAUUUAUCUUAGAUCUAAUUUAUUUUAGAUUUAAUUUAUUUUAGAUCUAUUUAUCUUACUCAGAUCUAUUUUAUCUUAUAUCUCAUUUAAUCAGAUCUAUUUGCUCUUAGAUCUAUUUUAACCCUGAUUUCUUCAACCAAUAUCAGAUCGAGGCUCUAAAGAAGAAUGCCACGGAGAAGUAUGGGGAAAUCCCAUUGGACAUUGUUUAUAUCUACCGCAGCAAGCCCACUUUGGGCGUGGCCAUAGAGGGAGGAGCCAACACGAGGCAGCCCCUCCCAAAAGUCAUUACUGUUCAGGUUGGUUACCAAAUAUAAUAAUGACAUGACAUGUGAUAAAUACCUAAAUGGAUAUGUGACGUAUGUACCAUUAUUAGUAUGUUCCUAACUCAAUGUGCAAUGCAACAUACUCUGGUGACACAUUUAGGUUCAAGGGUUACCUAGCAACAUCUUGGGGAAAUUGUAGUAAUCUAUAACUGUACCAGCUACUAAAAAGCGUCUUUGCUUUCAGUGCAGAGCUAAAAAAACUACAUUCAUUUUAAACCUACAGUUUAUUUCAACAUAUCACCUGGUGAGGAAAGUUGAGAAUGUAUUGAUUUACUGUUAUGAAAUUGUUUAAUCCACAGCCUGGUGGCUCCGCCUAUGAAUCUGGCGGUUUGAGAGUAGGUCACGUGAUCCUUGAGGUCAACGGCCAACCAGCUGUCGGUCUGUCCCACAUGGACGUGGCUCGCCUCAUAGCGGAGGCUUUCAAGAACAAGAGCAACGACAGGAUGGAGCUCCUGGUCACUGAGUGGUCGGACACACUGCUGGACACCAUCAAAGUGGACAUUGGUUUGCUCAAAGUGUAGCACUGAUUACAGAGUGGUCGGACAGGACACACGGCUGGACACCAUCAAAGUGGACAUUGGUUUGCUCAAAGUGUAGCACUGACUACAUAGUGGUCAGACACACUGCUGGACACCAUUAAAGUGGACAUCCGUCUGCACAAAGGGUAGCACCGUUCACUGAGUGCUGGGUUCACUUUGGUUUGCUCCAAAUGUAGCUCUCACAGGUUACCGAGUGAUCAGACAUCCUGCCAGACACCAUCAAAAUAGACGUUGGUUUGCACAAACCGUUGCACUGGUCACUGGGUGUUUGGUCAGUUUACUGGACGCCAUCAAAGUGGACAUUGGUUUUCACAAAGUAACUUUGAUGUGAUAUGUAACUUAUUAAAUCAGUAGAACAUAAAUUUGGUGUGUCUAUUUGAAGUGUUCGCAGUGAGAAUUCCUUGCUGUGUAACUUAGACGGCUCGACAUUCCAAAUACUUUCUUGAACCUUGCACAAACUUCUACCUGUGUAAUGAAAGUGUUAAUGCAUAAUUAUAGCAAGG